GCAGGAUCCUCUUCCUGUGUGAGUACACACAUGCUCUUUCUUCACCGCACUUUUUACACUCGUGCUUACGGUCCAGAGCUUGAAGACCGGGGUAUCGCAACGAGAAUCUUCCACUGGAAUAAGGAGAAAUGGUUGAAUGAAAGGCGACUCAUGGAAGUACACAUCUAGAAAGAACUGCCAGUGAACAUAGUUGUGAAUUCACCUUCUUCUAGAGAAUGUGGAUUUCCCCUCUCUGCAGUUUACUCAAUUUCCGACCAUGACAAAAAAUGUCAUCAUCCCUAAACAUGAGACCAGUGGAACAUAGGGCAAGUCAAAGAGAGACAGACAUUCUCUCAGGGGUCUGUAAUGGAACCUCAGCAUCAGACAGGAAGGAAAGAACAAGGUGAACAGAGAAAGUAGUAGGACCACGUGUGAUGUGACUCACUGAUGAAUAGCGUCUGCUACCAAUGACUGUAUCAGAAAUAGAAGUAGCCAGGUUCUGGACCCUGUUGAGCCUUCCUGGGCCUCAUCCAGGGGAGAGGGCGGCGUGGCCAAUGGACCUCACCCUUGACUACAGACAUACGGAUGAAGAACCCAGACAUUGGUAUAAGCAAUGUACAAUGAGACAAAUAAUGAGCAAAGUUAUCAUUCUGGCUGAUCUUCUCUGGUUAGUCAGACAUUAUUAACAAUUCCAUUCUAGUGGACGGUGAGACUGUAUUCACCGCUGGAGGGUAAGGUGUGUUCAGUUGUGUGUGUUUCCCUGGGUCCUCUGGGUGAUAGCGGGAUGCUGCGGAGGGGUCUGCUGGCCUGGGUGUCCCGUGUGGGCGUUCUGCUGGUCCUAGUGUGCUGCUCUCUGUCCCUUCUCUACGUCAUGACCUGCAGCCCCCACUCCGAGGACAACCUGGUGAGCCAUGCCCUGCCACGCCCCGGGAUGGGCGUUGGGGUAGGAGGGGCAGCAGGAGGCACGGGGGCGGCUCAGAGCGGACCCACUGGGCGGAAUGGAUACCAAGCCAUGCUUGCAGAGCGCGAGGAGCAACACAAGUUCCACAUCACUAGUUUAAAGAAACAAAUCGCCCAGCUGAAGGAGGCGCUACAGGAGCGCAGCGAGCAGCUGAAAGGAGUUCAAGACUCCAUGGAGCGAGGGACAGGGGGAGGCCGGGGUGGCCAGUCCCCAGGAGGAGGUAUCCUUGGGGAGGGAGGACAAGGGCCAGGGGCCGACAGGAGCCACGCUGACCUUCAGGAGUUCCUCCACAGUCAGCUGGGCCGGGCGGAGGUCCACCAGGGGACUAGACUGCCCAGUGAGUACGCCAUGGUGCCCUUCGAGAGCUUCACCCUGCAGAGGGUGUACCAGCUGGAGAUGGGCCUGACAAGGCACCCUGAGGAGAAGCCUGUGAGGAAGGACCGGAGGGAUGAGCUGAGUGAAGCGCUAGAGACAGCCCUGCAGAGUCUCAACACGCCCCGCAACGGAGCAGACAAGGGCCACACCACCAAGGUCUACUCAGCAUCAGACUUCAUAGAAGGUAUCACUCGGACGGAGAAGGACAAAGGCACUGUGUAUGAGCUCACCUUCAAAGGGGACCAGAGCCGUGAGUUCAGGAAACUGGUUCUGUUCCGUCCCUUUGGGCCGCUGAUGAAGGUGAAGAACGAGAGGGUGGACACAGCUAACGUCCGCAUCAAUAUCAUAGUGCCCCUCUCCCAACGAGCCGACAAGUUCAGACACUUUAUGCACAACUUCAGAGAGGUGUGUGUGCGGCAGGAUGGGCGUAUCCACCUAACUGUGGUGUACUUUGGGAAGGACCAAAUGAAUGAAGUCAAGAGCACGCUGGAGAACACAUCUAGGGAGAUCAACUUUAAGAACUUCACUCUGCUCCAGCUGAAUGAGGAGUUCUCCCGGGGGCGUGGCCUGGAUGUGGGCGCCAGGGCGUGGAAAGGAGGGAACGUUCUCCUUUUCUUCUGUGAUGUCGACAUCUACUUCACCGCUGACUUCCUCAACACCUGCCGACUCAACACUCAACCUGGUAAAAAGGUGUUCUAUCCUGUUCUGUUCAGCCAGUACAACCCAACCCUGAUUUACGGUAACCAUGACUACAUCCCUCCAGUGGAGCAGCAACUGGUAAUUAAAAAGGAUACAGGAUUCUGGAGAGACUUUGGCUUCGGAAUGACAUGCCAAUACCGAUCAGAUUUCAUCAACAUAGGUGGUUUCGACGUGGACAUCAAAGGCUGGGGCGGCGAGGACGUGCACCUUUACAGGAAAUACCUUCACAGCAACCUGCUGGUGGUGCGGUCCCCGUCUAGGGGCCUCUUCCACCUGUGGCACGAGAAGCGCUGCGCGGACGAGCUGCCCCCGGAACAGUACAGGAUGUGCAUGCAGUCCAAGGCCAUGAACGAGGCCUCGCACGGCCAGCUGGGCAUGCUCUUCUUCCGACACGAGAUCGAGGCACACCUGCACAAGCAGAAACCCCAGAGGCUAAACCCUGCCAAGAAGACAUGAUGAAGACAUGAUGAGGGAGUCACACAGGACUCUAGACUACAGGAGGAGGGCAUAACAGUAUGGCAGUCAGAGACAGUGAGGGGGAAACAACAACAGAACAGAGAUCUAUUGUUGUGAACUGAUGACAACAAUACUGACUCACUACGGAGGAAAAACACUCCAUUUUAUCCUCCGAUGGCAAAAUGGAUAUAUAAAACACAGCUAAGGCACCUGUCGUAUCUUGAAGAAGUCAGAGCACUGUAAAAACAACAGUGAGAGUCAAAAGGAGCAGCAGAAAGACUUGACUGCUCCGCUGUAUUUUGUUUAAAAUCAUGUGCCUCGUGUUGACUGACUGACAGCUGGUUUUGAGAAUCAUGAUGUGGCAUCUGCUGGUCUUUCUUGAAGGGCAGAUAAAGAGUAGAACUAGAAUUUCCUGUAGCCUAUUAGAGACACCUUCUGGACUGGAAGAGAACAGCAUGACUGUGAAUAUGGAAUGAGGAUACUCUUAAUCUGAAGUCAUGUCAGCUGGUUAUGUGACUCUCCUCAGAACUGAUGAUCAAUCAAUACAUUAAAACAGGCAUUACUGAGGAUUAUGUAGAGAGACAAUGGCAACAAUGGAGGGACAUGGAAGCUAUUAGAUAUUCAUUAUUUCUCAAGCUCCACAGAAUCAAUAUACAGAUGUACUAACCUACUUUGAUCACUCAUUUGUUGCUGAUCAUUUUCCUGCACUGCAGCAAAUGCAUGAGCUUUGUGAGUUACAUAAAUUCACAGAAAAUCCCAACUCUAGACUGUUUACACCUGAUGCUAACAUGGGUCCUUUGUGCACAAUCAGAAUGUGGACAAAAUCAGGACAAAUUACGCAAGUUAGAACCAGGUAUAAAUGAGGUUAAUACAUGGUUAUAUUAACAGUAUUGCACUUUUCAUGUAGCCUACUUUUGGUCAGUUGAUAGCCAAACCAACGAUCAAGCAACAUUGUGGACUGCUGCAGGAUUAUUUUGCUGUGACAACACAGAUCAAAUUAAGAUCCUACAUCUAUAGUGUACUGCUUUUUCACGAGUUUAACUAAUCCUACAAGUGCUUAUAUGUGCUUUUUUUUCAUCAAGAAACAAAAGAGUGUAAUUUGAAGGGUGUCGUUUGAAGCGUCAACAUAAAUAUUGAGAAUUUUUGGGGCGAUAUUAUGGUGUGCUGUUUGAGCAUGAAGCUAUGAGGGUGUCACGUUUGUCGUAAGAAUUAUCGGACCAAGGUGCAGCGUGAUAUGGUUUCCACAUGUUUAUUAACUGAAACACACAAAAACAAUGAAGAAUGACCGAAACGUGAAGACAAUGGCGUGAUCACAGGCAACUACAUAAACACAGGUGGGAAAAAUAACUACUUAAAUAUGAUCCCCAAUUAGAGACAACGAUUACCAGCUGCCUCUAAUUGGGAAUCAUACAAAACACCAACAUAGAAAAAGAAACUAGAACACAACAUAGACAUAGGUAUACAAGAUCACCCCCUAGUCACGCCCUGACCUACUAAACCAUAGAGAAACAAUGGCUCUCUAUGGUCAGGGCGUGCCAGAGGGAUAGGGAACAUGUUAUGGUCCUGAGAGAAAAUAUGGAUACAAUAUCCAACAUAUUUCUCAAUAUUGUUAUAUUAAGAGAAAAAACAAAGACCAUCUACAAUAGUCAAAUUGUUUUGUGUAUGGUAUAACUGGGCAAAUAAUAUAUUAUAAUAGAUAGAAUACACUCCGAUUCCAUAAUUAAGUUAUAAACGCAGUGUUAAAAUGGUAGAACGGUCUUCACCCUCUAUCAGAAAUUUUAUUGUUAGAAAAAAUUAAAAGUCUUGCUCCAAAAAUUCUUAUAUGUUAUUUAACAAUGUUGUUAUCUGUAUUGAUAAUAUGCCUACUCUUCCUUAGAAGCUUAAAUGACGAUGGCUUGACACAAGUCUAAAUGACCCAAAGGAAGUUUAGAGGUAGUAGAAUGCCUCCAUGUCUAUAGAGCAGUAUAAGCUAGGUAUGGGCCAGUAUAGGCAGUCCAUCCACAGAGAAAUAUAGGCCAGGGGAUGGGAAGGCUAAGAAAAGGCCAGUAUGAAAGUGUAAAUUAAGACCAUCUGAAAUGGUUAGAAAUGUAAAGUUAGUGGCAAAGUGCCUAUUUGAAAGUGACACAUGGCUUUUAUGUUAUCCAGGUGGAUUUCUACUGAGAGUUUUUCUUAGAGAUGUAGCCUAUCGAUGGCUAAGCGCAGUAUUAUAGAUGAACACAUUUUCACAGGCUUGACAUUCACAGCGAGUGACAAAGACUUUAUGCCAUUUCACUUAUUUGUCUUAAAUGUCAGCUCUCAACAUUUUGUGUUAACUGUAUAUUGAGGUGUUUGAUUACAUUCCUCAUGAGUAUUUCAAUUCCAUGACAGUAGUGGACUGUUUCACAUGGAAUAAUUUAUAUUAACCUACAUUUGUGUUGGAUCACCAAAGCCUGUAAACAGAGUAAAGAAGACACACUUUUUAAUGAAUGUUUAUUUUUUACAUUUGUUUUAUUGUUUCAUGAAAGGAUACUUCUUUCUGUUAAUAAUACAUAUAACUUUCCUGAUGAUGUUCUUGAUUGAUUCUCAAUGCAUACCUUUUAUUCUGUUUAAAGUUUUGUCUUCAGUUGAAAUGCACUUUUAUUCAUUUUGAGACCAUUGUAAUUGUAUAAA